AUGUCAGCGAUAUUAUCAACCACUAGCAAAAACUUCUUAUCGAGAAAUUCUGCCAGAAAAUGUCAAAGUGCCCAAAAGGCUCUUUUUGCACUAUUGAAUACUCGCCACUAUAGUAGCGCUACCGAGCAAACAUUGAAAGAAAGAUUUGCUGAAAUUAUUCCAGCAAAGGCUGAAGAAAUCAAAAAAUUCAAAAAAGAACACGGUAAGACCGUCAUCGGCGAAGUUCUCUUGGAGCAAGCAUACGGUGGUAUGAGAGGUAUUAAAGGUCUUGUUUGGGAGGGUUCCGUUUUAGACCCUGAAGAAGGUAUCAGAUUCAGGGGUCGCACCAUUCCAGAAAUUCAAAGAGAACUGCCUAAGGCCGAAGGUAGUACUGAACCUUUACCAGAAGCCUUAUUUUGGUUGCUUUUGACUGGUGAGAUACCUACAGACGCUCAAGUUAAAGCUCUUUCUGCAGAUUUGGCUGCUAGAUCAGAGAUUCCAGAACAUGUCAUGCAGCUUUUGGAUAGCCUUCCAAAGGACCUACAUCCAAUGGCUCAAUUUUCUAUUGCUGUAACUGCCCUGGAAAGCGAGUCCAAGUUCGCUAAAGCAUAUGCUCAAGGUGUAUCUAAGAGGGAAUAUUGGAGUUAUACCUUCGAAGAUUCAUUGGAUUUGCUAGGUAAAUUACCUGUUAUUGCCUCUAAAAUAUACCGUAAUGUUUUUAAAGAUGGUAAAAUUACCUCCACUGAUCCUAAUGCUGAUUAUGGUAAAAACUUAGCUCAACUCUUGGGUUAUGAGAACAAAGAUUUUAUUGAUUUAAUGAGGUUAUAUUUAACUAUUCAUUCUGAUCAUGAAGGGGGCAAUGUUUCUGCCCAUACUACGCAUUUAGUAGGCUCUGCCUUGUCUUCUCCAUACCUAUCCUUGGCUGCUGGGUUGAACGGUUUAGCUGGCCCAUUGCAUGGUCGUGCCAACCAAGAAGUUUUGGAAUGGCUGUUCAAAUUGAGAGAAGAAGUGAAAGGUGAUUAUUCUAAAGAAACAAUCGAAAAGUACUUAUGGGAUACAUUGAAUGCAGGAAGGGUUGUUCCAGGUUACGGUCAUGCCGUCUUGAGAAAAACUGAUCCUCGUUACAUGGCUCAACGUGAAUUCGCGUUGAAACAUUUCCCAGAUUAUGAGUUAUUCAAGUUAGUAUCCACUAUCUACGAUGUUGCCCCGGGUGUUCUGACUAAGCAUGGUAAAACCAAGAAUCCUUGGCCAAAUGUCGAUUCGCAUUCUGGUGUUCUAUUGCAAUACUAUGGCCUAACAGAAGCUUCGUUCUAUACCGUAUUGUUUGGUGUUGCAAGGGCUAUUGGUGUAUUACCCCAACUAAUCAUCGAUAGGGCUGUUGGCGCUCCAAUUGAAAGACCAAAAUCAUUUUCUACCGAGAAAUACAAGGAGUUGAUAAAGAAAAUCGAAAGUAAGAAGAAUUAA